AUGUAUAACUGGAAAGCACUUCAAGCAUUACGUCUAAAUAUAACGAAACAAGUAUUCGAACGACAUCAACUUAUUGUUUUAUUGCUUAAUGGCAUUUGCGCUGAUUUCGUACCAAGCACUGUUGACGAAUUUAAUGCGACCGAAAUUGCAGGAGUGGAGAUUGAAGGGCCGAUAGGAGUGAAUAUGACAACUUUAUCACUAUCUGGUGUUAAUUUAAUGGAAUUAGCUGAGAAGCUACGAAACGAUACCGAGGAAGUUGAUAUGAUAUUUAGCAGAACAAUAUCCGAGAAUAGGACACUUGGUGGUUCAUUCAUUUUACCAGACUAUGAAAUGGAUAUCUUUCUGAUGAUGGCAUGGCGUGAUGCACGUCUAGUGAAUCCCUAUGAAAAAGCUAUUCUUGUUAAAAAGGAAGAAAUUUCGGCGACCUGA